CUCCUCCUUUCUCCCCUUCGUUCUCGACAUGGCACCGGUGAAACAGAAGAGACCUGCAGCAGGCAAGAAGUCCAGAAAGGCCCCAUCAUGGAGGUUUACCUUGGACCUGACCCAUCCUGUGGAGGACGGGAUCCUGGAUUCUGCUAACUUUGAAACCUUCCUGAAGGAACGGAUCAAGGUGAACGGAAAGACGGGGAACCUUGGGAACAUCGUCCAGGUCGGCCGCAUGAAGAACAAGAUUAACGUGACGUCUGAGAAACAGUUCUCUAAGAGGUAUCUCAAGUACUUGACAAAGAAGUACCUGAAGAAGAACAACCUCAGGGACUGGCUGAGGGUGGUGGCGUCUGACAAGGAGACGUACGAGCUGCGCUACUUCCAGAUCAGCCAGGACGACGAAGAGUCUGAGGCAGACGAGUGAAGAACUGCAGAAGAUCUGUGCAGAUUUUUGUUUGUCUGCAAGAGAAUAAAAAUGGCGAUAAAAACA